ACAAGGGUAGUGUCUUUUAUGGUUGGCAAUGCUGAGAGCUUGAAAUUUCGCGUCUUUAUUACCUGCCUCAUUGCAUAGUGUGUAUACAAAUGUCUGGACAGAUAUUAUCCCUUUAUAGAGGCUUAAAAAUCUCUUCCAACCUUUCUUGUGCUAUCUGGGGGACUACAUGGGAGAAUGUUUUGUGUUGAUUCUUCCCUUCCAAAGAAACUUGUUCAUUAAUAAUUGCAUGAGGCACUGUUAGAAUUAAUCACAUUGAGUUUAUUUAAAAAAAGAGAAAGACUGGUGCUUGUUACAUUACAGGAGGGAGGCACUGCUAAUGAGACACUUUCUGAAACCUCAGCUGAGACGGGCUCCACAACCUGAGAAUCCUACUCUAAGAACACAGGAACUCAGGGGUCUACCAUGGUGUUGGGUCCAGAACAGAAGAUGCCUGAUGGUGAUGCUUCUGGGGACCAUGCGGACUCUGUUAGUGUUGGUACCAUCAACCCGGCCUACAGUAACUCCUCUCUCACACAGUCCACUGAACCCUCAGAGGAGCCCUUUGCCACAUACUUUGAUGAGAAAAUUGCCAUUCCUGAAGAGGAGUACUCCUGUUUCAGCUUUCGUAAACUUUGGGCAUUCACGGGACCAGGCUUUCUUAUGAGCAUUGCCUAUCUGGAUCCAGGAAACAUUGAAUCUGAUUUGCAGUCUGGAGCAGUAGCUGGAUUUAAGUUGCUCUGGGUCCUUCUACUGGCCACCGUUGUGGGUCUGCUGCUCCAGCGCCUCGCAGCUAGACUGGGAGUGGUCACCGGGCUACAUCUUGCUGAAGUGUGUCACCGUCAGUACCCAAAGGUCCCACGAAUCAUCCUGUGGCUGAUGGUAGAAUUGGCUAUCAUUGGUUCAGAUAUGCAAGAAGUCAUUGGCUCAGCCAUUGCCAUCAAUCUCCUGUCUGCUGGAAGGGUUCCCCUAUGGGGUGGAGUUCUUAUCACCAUUGCAGAUACCUUCGUAUUUCUGUUUUUGGACAAAUAUGGCUUGCGGAAGCUUGAAGCAUUUUUUGGCUUUCUCAUCACUAUAAUGGCUCUUACAUUUGGAUAUGAGUAUGUUACAGUGAAACCCAACCAGAGCCAAGUACUCAAGGGCAUGUUUGUGCCAUCCUGUUCUGGCUGUCAUACACCACAGAUUGAGCAGGCAGUUGGCAUUGUAGGAGCUGUGAUCAUGCCACACAACAUGUACCUGCAUUCUGCUUUAGUCAAGUCUAGACAGGUAAACCGGGCCAAUAAGCAGGAAGUUCGAGAAGCAAAUAAGUAUUUUUUCAUUGAAUCCUGCAUUGCUCUCUUUGUUUCCUUCAUCAUCAACGUCUUUGUGGUCUCCGUCUUUGCUGAAGCAUUUUUUGGGAAAACUAAUGAGCAGGUGGUUAGUGUCUGUAGAAACAACAGCAGUCCCCAUUCUGGCCUUUUUCCUGAGGAUAACUCAACUCUGGCCGUGGACAUCUACAAAGGGGGCGUUGUGCUGGGAUGUUACUUUGGACCUGCCGCACUGUACAUCUGGGCCAUAGGGAUCCUAGCUGCAGGACAGAGCUCCACCAUGACAGGAACCUAUUCUGGUCAGUUUGUCAUGGAGGGGUUCUUGAACCUAAAGUGGUCACGUUUUGCCCGAGUGAUUCUGACCCGCUCUAUUGCCAUCAUCCCCACUCUGCUUGUUGCUAUCUUCCAAGAUGUAGAGCACCUAACUGGGAUGAAUGACUUCCUGAAUGUUCUGCAGAGCUUACAGCUUCCCUUUGCUCUCAUACCCAUCCUCACAUUCACAAGCUUGCGGCCAGUAAUGAGUGACUUCUCUAAUGGAAUAGGCUGGAGAAUUGCUGGCGGGAUCUUGGUCCUUAUCGUAUGUUCCAUCAACAUGUACUUUGUAGUGGUUUAUGUCCAGGACCUAGGGCAUGUGGUGUUGUAUGUGGUGGCUGCAGUGGUCAGCGUGGCAUAUCUGAGUUUUGUAUUCUACUUGGGUUGGCUGUGUUUGAUUGCACUGGGCAUGUCCUUCCUGGACUGUGGGCGCACGUACCAUCUGGGAUUGACAGCUCGGCCUGAACUCUACCUUCUGAAUACCAUGGAUGCUGACUUACUUGUGUCUAGAUGACAAACAGCCUGAGAGACCAUCCAUGAACACUUUCCCUAAUCCCUUUUGUGCCAAGUGUCUAUUAACCUAUCUCUGAUAGUUCAGAGGUGAGUUUUGUUCAAGUGUUUUGAACAAAGACAAUUUCCUUAUGGGAACAGGGGUAAAAGCUGACAGCUCUAAGUGUAGGUCAGAGACCCACCUACCUUACACAGUCAAUGGCCAGAACUGGAUGAUUGGCCUUUGAUGGCCACUCAUUCCUAUAGGCUUCUUGACUUCUGGGAUUUGUAAAGUAUAUAUGUGUAUAUAUGUAAACCUGAACAUAUCAGUUAAAAUAGAAAUUUAAAGCUAUCCAAAAC